GGAAGGAAGGGGCGGGAACCCGGAGGUUGCCGCUUGCGCCGGCGCUGCCGCCUUUCGGUGCAGGCGGGCUGGGCGCUCCGCAUUCGCCAAGCGCGCGCGUGUGUGUCGGGUUUGCCAUGGUGCUGUUGCGCCGCGUGGCGCUGCCUCUGCUGCUGGCGCUGGCGGCGGUGGGGUGCCCGCGGGUGGCCUGGUCCCUGGUGUGGUACACGGCCUGGGUGACCACCAUGUACACCGACCCCGGCACCAACCGCACGGUGCAGGAGAGUACCGAGAGCGGCCGCUACGGCGACGGCUCGCCCAAGGACAACGCGCAAGGCCUGGUCGGCAUCCCCCGCGGCGGCGGAGGGGGGAGCGGCCGCCACAUGGAAGGCUGCGCGCCGGGGAUCGACUACGAGAUCCCCAGGCCGCCCGGAGGAGCGCACGCCGCGGGGACGCCUCCGUCGUGGAUCGCUCUGGUGGCGCACGGGGGCUGCAGCUUGAAGGACAAAAUCGCCAACGCCGUGAGGAAGCGGGCGGCUGCCGUGGUGAUCUACAACGAGCCCAGGUUCGGCAACUCCACCCUGACCAUGUCCUAUAAUUACGGUACUGGCAAUGCAGUUGUAAUCAUGGUUGGAUAUCCCAAAGGGAUGGAGAUCUUGGAACUGGUGCAAAGAGGGAUACCAGUGAGGAUGUCUAUUGGUGUUGGCAAGCAACACGUGCAAGAAUAUAUCAGUGGACAGUCUGUUGUAUUUGUAUCAAUUGCAUUUAUCACCAUGAUGAUCAUAUCGUUGGCAUGGCUUAUAUUUUUUUACAUACAGCGCUUCCUCUAUAGUGGAUCGCAUUUUAGGAACCAGGGCCAUAGAGAAGAAACCAUAAAAGCAAUUGGCCAGCUUCCACUGCAUAUUGUAAAGCAUGAAGAUAAGGGCUUGAAUGUCGAUGCUGAAAAUUGUGCUGUAUGCAUUGAAAACUAUAAACCAAAGGAUAUCGUUCGAAUCCUGCCUUGCAAGCACGUCUUUCACAGGCAUUGCCUCGAUCCCUGGCUGCUGGAACACAGAACGUGUCCAAUGUGCAAACUAGAUGUCAUCAAAGCUCUCGGAUAUUGGGGAGGGCCUACAGAUGAACAAGAAGUUGCAAUGCCUGAAUCAACAAGUGGCAGCAUAUUGGCCGAGAGCUGGAGUAUUGCUGUGCCAGAAGAGAACAGAAAUGAAACAAGUGACUUAUCAGCAUCUUCUGCUAACGGAUCUGCAUUAAGUAGUAACGGUUUAAAAGAGGAUGCAGGUGAAAGAACAGCCUUACUUGAAACGGAUGGCAGAGAUAAUCGACAUGAAGAACACCUGUCUAUUGGAAACACUGUAUGAAAGCUUGACAGCUUGAACUGGGAGAGAAAUGUCUAUUUUGUUUUGUUUAAAUGCUGUGGACUUGUGAUCUAGCUUAAAUGUGUUACUUUUCUAAUUCAUGUUUCAAAAGGGCUAAUAACUAGAGGCUUUGCUUUGUAAGAAGAGUAAUACCUGAUACAAAAUGCAAUAACUCUAGUAUGAGUUCCUUCUUUUGACCAAAAAUGAGAGUUGAUAAAUGAGACAAAUUUAUGAGCUUGGGAGGGUUGGUGAGAACCAGAAGGAAAAAAAUAUCUGUUGCUACUUAGAAAACUGGCCUAUUUUAAAAAAAAAGCUCGUUUGGCACUUGUUGAGAUUGCUGCUCUUUUUCCAUGGAGAUUUCCCUUUGCAACUUCUUUUGUAAGAAACAGGUUCUCUUUCUUUGCUUGGUUUCCUCGCCCCUUGGUUUGUAGAGACACAAAUCGAGUUAAGGAAGGAAGCUCCCAAGUGAAAACUCCCCCUGGAAAAAGAGUAACAAGUUCAGAAGUAAUCUCUGUGCUAGAACAGCUAUCGCAAGAUCAAUACUAGGAGUACAAAUUGCACAGGUUAACAGAUAGAUGUCGGUGAUUUAUGAUAAAUGUACAUAUAGCACAUAUGCAACACUGAGGUUUACUUUUUUAAAACUGUUUUGAGUGCAUAGUAUGGACCUGCAAAGUAUUCCAAUAGUUGUGAGAAUUUCUGCCGCGUGCUUGCCGAAAAACCUGAUGACUUUUUCAUUUGCCUGUUAGGUCAAUAACUUUAAGUUGUGCCACACAGUUAUUGUAGCUGGCAGGCAACCUAUUAGUGCCUCGGGCAAUGCAAACAAGCUACCUUUGACUGUGAAACACAGUGGUGCAGCAGUCGUUCAUGUUGCGCAUGGAGAGUAAUUUAACUUAAACUCUUCUCCACUCUUUCUCUUCACUGUUGUUGUUUUUUUGGAAGGUGUUUUUGGAUUUUUCUCUACCGUAAUUCAGUCCUGAGAUGUUCGUAAAGUUGUUCGUAAAUUGUUUCUGUUAUGCAAAGGAUUGUUAGAGGUUUGCACAAUAUAGUUACUGGUUUUUUUACUGUGCUGAAUUAGCAGUAUUGUGCCUUAGAGUAGUUGAAAAGCACUAAGCCUGAAGUGUAUAAAAUAGAUACCACUGCACUGUUUAAUUUUUACCUCUGCUUCAGGUAAAUAUAUAUACAAUAAGCUCUAGAGGAAAAUGGUGAAUUGUGUAUUUAUAGUUCUCUUAAGCAUUGGAUGAACAUUUAAGAAUUCUAAUAGUUAUAAAUGAAUGUACGGAAUUAUACCGCCAAGUCUGUAAGAAACGUUUUACACUGUGUUUAAACUUAGAUAUUUGGUAAGGUGCUUUUUAAAAUAUGCAACCUAGUACUUAAAUUGGAUCAGUAUUUAAUUUCAGUGUUUUCAAGUUUGGGGAAGAGGAAUUCAAACAUGGGUGGGGGCAGAUGCAGGAAGAAACAGGGUGAAGAUUCUGAUAGAAAUCCUACCAAAAUAUUAUGGGGACCUUGCCACCUUCUCUGAUGAGAGUAACCCAGCCAUAUGUCAUGGAUUAAAAUUGGCCUCUGCAAGACCUGCCUGCAUCUUACAGCCAGCACUUAAUGGAGUGGACCAUGCCAUGACUACUCCCUGCGUCUUCAAUCAAUCAAUCAAUCAAAACCUUUAUUGGCAUCAUUUACAAACAUUUAAAAUAAAUAGUCCAGUACGAUCACAUCACCAACCCAUCAGUAAAGUCACUUGCCAAAAGGGAGGAGAGGCCAGCAAUCUAUUUUACCUCUGUGGGUCUCCCACAGGGGCAGGAUCCUGUAAUGUACUUCGGCGGCAAAAGAUCAAAUUGAGGAACUCAGCUACAGUCCUGGUACGCUCCUGGUCUCUCCCCUGUAAUAGGAAGCGUGUAACCUGUAUCUCCGGUUUCCAGUUUGGAAUACAUAGUUGGUCCAAGUAUUGCUGGUGGAUAUCAGCAUACAUUUUGCAUUCAAGGACCAUGCGAGCCAGAGUUUCAACUGGGGGCCCUCAAUAUUGAUGCUGCUUUCAAAAAGGAACUGCCUUUGAACUAUUCAGCCACUCAUCUUUCCCUACAUCCUUAGCACAAAACAGAUGUGAUACUUGGUUAGUUGUUUUCAGCACAUCACAACUCUGGCUUAGCAUCAAGGAAAAGGCAGGACGUUGUUUUUUGUGUGCCUUGAAAGUCUCCAGAUCCUUCCUAACAUUUACAGUGCAGCACCUGCUUGGAGAAAGCAGUAUGGUGUUUUUUCCCCGACAAACUCUUCUGGAACUUGCUCACACGGGGUCGGCGCUGACUGUUCUGCUACAUUCUUAAUUUUUAUCAGUGAGACAUACCUUCUUUCAACUAUUUUAAGGCAGAAAGAUUCCAUGUGUGGUCUGAAAAAGAUUGCCUUGCCUGCAGGUGUUUUCUCAUGUGACGGACAUGGACAUUUUGUAUAUAGGGCACUGGGUUUAAUUUAAAACGUGUGUGUGAAAAUGCACCUUAAAAAAAGGCUUGAAGUACAGUAGUAGGUAAACUGCCUUAAACCAAAAUAAGCCAGUUGGAAAUAACGUGAGCUGACUUUGCUCCUUUUGAAUGUCCAGUUUUUUAAGACAGUUGGCAGCAAAAGAAACCAGACAUGUUUCUGACUGGCCCUGUUUCAAGUGGGCCCUUCUGGUAUAGUGGUGUCCUGUCAGCUGAAAAGGCCUGUGUGUCCAUUUAUUGGAACGUAGUUUAAUAUUAAUCCUGAACAGAAAGCUACUGAUAACAGCUUGACUUGUUGCUGUACAAAACUCUGCACAAACGGUGUAACUUUUUAGAAUACUUCUAUUGCGGAGGGUUGCUGUUACAGACUAAAAUUGAGCAUGGCACCCUUCGUUACCAAAAAUCUUGCCAGGGUACAAUGUGCUUAAUCCCUUUUUUGAGCUGAACAUUCUAAUGGUGGGGUGAGGGGCACAUUGAAGCUUUCGCUUGAACUGAAAUAAAAAUAGUAGUUCCUUCAGAUGACAACAAAGGGAGGACAGGAGCAGGACAACUUAGUGAAGGAAUUGCCAGCUUCCUCUCUUGUCAGCUGCUUCCUGGUAAGCAUUCACUCCAUCAGUUCUCCUUGAAAUUUCCAAUGAAUAACUGGUUAUCAUUGUUUAUUACCUCUACCACCCUAGUCGACUUUUUUGGUUCUUGUUUGGACAUGUCUUUUAAGGUUGUGCACCUGAGGGCAGGGACUGUCUUCAUCGAUCUUUAAGCUUUGUGGGGAGCUCUUUUUGGCUAAAGAGCAGGAUAAAGCAGUUCUAUAAAUAAAUAAAAAUGCAGAAAGUACUUC